UAUAUCCCAAUUCCCAACCAAUUCUACGCAGCCACAUAAGAUAUAGGUCGCUUCUUUUUUCCCUGUAAUCUCAUAUUCCCGUUAAAAGAAAUCCCCAAUUUUUUAGGGUUUCAAUUUCAAUUCAAUAUUCCUCGUUAAAGAUAUGUUUUCCGUUUCUAACCCCACGAGCUUGAUCUUCUAACAAUUUGUUGUAAAAUUCGUCAUAUAAUAUACAAUGGCCGCCGAUCGCAGUAUCAUCACUACCGCCACCAUCUCAACCGCCGCCGCUGCGGCUGCUUCUAAGCCCAUAUGGAUGAAGCAAGCCGACGAAGCUAAGCUGAAAAGUGAAGCCGAGAAAGCCGCCGCAGCGAAAGCCGCAUUCGAAGCCACAUUCAAAACCCUAACUGCAAACAAACCAGAGAAGCCCUCGGAUUCGGAUUCUGAAGAAGAGGAAUCAGAGCAUUACUUAGCUAACAAACCAGUGGGACCAGUUGACCCGACAAAAUGCACAGCCGUGGGUGCUGGUAUAGCUGGAGGAACGGCUUGCGCGCCGUCUACGUUCAUGGUUGUGACGAAAGAUUCCGAUGGGAGGAAGGUGACGCAUGGAGGCGCGCAGAUUAAGGUGAAGGUGGCGCCCGGAGUGGGCGUUGGAGGGACGGAACAGGAAGGGAUAGUGAAGGAUAUUGGAGAUGGGAGUUAUACAGUGACUUAUGUUGUGCCUAAAAGAGGGAAUUAUAUGGUAAAUAUUGAGUGUAAUGGGAAAGCUAUCAUGGGUAGUCCGUUUCCCGUGUUCUUCAGUGCAGGUACUGCAACUGGAGGAGUGCUUGGUAUGGCUCCCACAUCCACAUUUCCAAACUUAAUUAACCAGACCAUGCCAAACAUGCCAAAUUAUUCAGGUUCCGUUUCUGGUGCAUUCCCUGGAUUACUGGGAAUGAUUCCCGGAAUUGUUGCAGGUGCUUCAGGUGGUGCUGUUUUGCCUGGAAUAGGGGCAUCCCUUGGGGAAGUUUGUCGAGAGUAUCUUAAUGGCCGGUGUGCAAAAACCGACUGCAAGUUGAACCAUCCUCCGCACAAUUUACUAAUGACAGCAUUAGCUGCUACAACCACAAUGGGGACACUCAGUCAGGUGCCCAUGGCACCUUCAGCAGCUGCAAUGGCUGCUGCUCAGGCCAUUGUUGCUGCCCAAGCCCUUCAAGCUCAUGCUGCUCAGGUUCAAGCACAAUCUCAAUCUACGAAGGACUCAUAUGGUUCACCUGACAAAGCCGGGAGAGAAGACGCCCUGAAGAAGACACUCCAAGUUAGCAAUCUCAGUGCGCUUCUGACAGUGGAACAGCUGAAACAACUGUUUGGAUUUUUUGGUUCAGUAGUUGACUGUAGUAUCACUGAUUCAAAGCAUUUUGCUUACAUAGAAUUCUCAAAACCUGAGGAAGCAACUGCUGCUUUAGCUUUGAACAGUAUGGAUGUUGGGGGUCGGCCAUUGAAUGUUGAGAUGGCUAAAACACUUCCUCAGAAGUCACAUUUGAAUUCAUCAAUGUCUUCGUCUUCUCUGCCGAUGAUGAUGCAGCAAGCUGUUGCCAUGCAACAGAUGCAAUUUCAACAGGCUUUGCUUAUGCAACAAACUAUGACUGCACAGCAGGCAGCUAACCGAGCUGCAACAAUGAAGUCUGCAACAGAGCUAGCAACAGCUAGAGCCUUAGAAAUUAGUAAUAAGUUAAAAGCUGAUGGACAUGUUGUCGAAGAGAAGGAAGAAAUAAAAUCCAGAUCACCAUCCCCAUCUCGAGCAAGAUCUAAGUCAAAAUCACCAGUGAAUUAUAGACGAAGGCAAAUGUCUCCUUCUUAUUCACCUCCUCGGCGCCGUCGAGGUCAUAGAUUCAGAUCGCCUUUGAGAUCUCGCCAUCAUUUUAGGUAUGAUAACGGAAGGCGGUCGUAUAGAGACAGUAGGGAUGUUAUUGGGAGAUCUAGAAGAAGGGAUGAGCCUUAUGAUCGUUCCCCUGUUUCGAGGAGAAAUAGGAGUAGGAGUGUGAGCCCUCGAUUGAAAAGGUCAUCCAGAGCUGAUUCAGGUUCACCAAAGCGUCAUCGGGAUAGUUCACCUCGCAGACCUAGAAAAUCAUCCCAUGGUGGUUCAAGGUCACCAAGGCAUCAUGGAGGAAGCAGGUCAUCCCCAAGAAAUGACAUCGAUUACAAACUGAAAUACAGAAAGCGCUCUAGGUCCAAGUCUGUGGAAAAUUCCAGUGACAAAGCAAAAGAAUCCCAGAAUGAAAAAUCCAAGCAACAGGAUAGGAGAUCAAGGUCAUUAUCUGCGGAUGAAAGGAACAAUGGAAAUAAGUCUUCCCCCAAAAGUACAGAUGACAAUGAACCUAAACAGAGGAGGCAAUCGAGAUCAAGAUCUGUUGAAGCAAGGCACUGCUCCAAUGAGAAAGCGAGUGAAACCAGGAAUGAUAGAUUGAAACAUCGUGAUAGGAAGAGGUCCAGGUCAAAAUCUGUUGAAGUUAAGGGCUGUUCCAGGGAGAAAGGGAACGAGAGCAGAGAUAGAAAAUCAAAGCAUCAUGAGAGAAAGCGGUCUAGAUCGGUGUCUCCUGAUAACAGAGAUAGAAAAUCAAAAUAUCAUGAGAGAAAGCGGUCUAGAUCAGUGUCUCCUGAGGUUAAGCGUUACAGAGGAAGCAGGUCAUCCCCACGAGUUGGAGAUGAGAAUAGAUCAAAGCACAGGAGGCACUCGAGGUCAAAAUCUCAAGAAAGAAAGCACCAUUCUGGUCACAAGAAGGAUGGAAAUGGAGAGGAAAAAUUGAAGCCUCGUAGCAGAAGAAGGUCUCUGUCUGCUGAAGGUAAGCAUUACAGGUCUCCAAGGAGCUUAGAAGAGAAGAAGUCAAAACAUAAAAGGCGCUCUAGGUCAAGAUCUGCAGAAGGAUUGCGUCAUUCAAGUGAUAUAAAGAACAUGUACACAACUGAAAAUCCAGUACCUGAUAACUGUAUAUCAGAUGAAGCUGAAAUUGUGACCGACGAGCAAUUAUCCGCAGUGAGCAAUGCAGGUAAUAUCUUUGAUGACAGAAUGUUGUCUUCAAAAAAUGACGACUAUUCAAAAAACUUGGAGGAAAAUAUGAUGGUGGAUGAUAACAAAGAAUGAGGGUCUACCGUGUUCCAAUUUUCAAAAGCCAAAAAGGAUGGUAGGAUUCAACUGGGCUUAUGCAGUUUGAAGUUCUUCUCCAAUGUAGAAGAGAUGAGAUGAAGGAAGAAAUGUUCAAUCGGUCAACAAUCUGAAUGAGCAAAUCACAUAUUUUUAGAAGUUGUUUAGAUGCAUGAACUUUAAAUUCUGAGUAUUCAUCCUUGCUAGGGUGAUUCUCUAAAAUAUUCUCAGUGUUUCUUUGGUGCACUUCGUGUUUGUUUAUCUUUUGCAGGUUCACUUGUAACAAUUGGAACUAGGGUUUCAGGCAUUCUGACCUUUGAUAUGGAUUAAAUUUUGAGGAGGUAUUCUGCUGAUGUCUUCAUCAAUGUAGCAAGCUUCUAUAUCUUCUGAAUGUCAUACAUGGCGUUUGCAUUGGAGCAAAGGGAUCAAUUCGGCUCAAUUAAGAUUUACUGAUGGAGAUGAAGGUAUUGUCUUUGGUUAUUGAAGCCAUUUUUGAAGUCAAGUGAAACCAGAUGUUGCUGCAAUGAGUAGCAUUUGUUGAAUAUGAGCACAACUGCCAAAUUGGUUUUUGACAGGUAAACUUUGGUUAAGUUGCUGGAAUUAUUGUGCUUUCUGAUAAAUUUCAGCUAUAAUUAUCUUGCAUAAUUAUGUAUCUUAACUACUAGUUGUGGCCCAAAUUCUCAGUUCAAUGUCUAUGCAGUAAUUUGAAAUGUUCAUGAUUUCUGCUA